UGUGAAUCUGCCGCUCCGGGAAGAAACAAACUCUCCGGAACUGUGUGAGAGAGAUUACUCAGACGGAAGCCCAUUUAUUCUCAGACAGACGAUGGCUCAGUGCACGGCGGCGAAAUCCUGUCCUAAGGACUGCGGGGACAAGCCAAGGAGAGUCGCCAUCAUCACCGGCAUUACCGGGCAGGAUGGAUCGUAUCUGGCAGAGUUCCUUCUGGAGAAAGGAUAUGAGGUUCACGGGAUCCUUCGCAGGUCCAGCUCCUUUAACACCGGCCGCAUUGAGCACCUUUACCAUAACCCUCAGACACACACGGAAGGAAGAUCUGAGCGUUCAGCAGGGUAUAUGAAGCUGCACUAUGGGGACCUAACCGACAGCACUUGCCUGGUGAAGAUUAUCAAUGAAGUCAAACCCACAGAAAUCUACAACCUGGGAGCACAAAGUCAUGUUAAGAUUUCCUUUGACCUGGCAGAGUACACUGCAGACGUCGACGGCGUCGGGACACUGCGCUUGUUGGACGCAAUAAAGACAUGCGGUUUGACCGACAACGUGCGUUUCUAUCAGGCCUCCACCAGCGAGCUGUACGGGAAAGUGCAGGAGAUCCCACAGAAAGAGACCACGCCGUUCUACCCUCGCUCACCUUAUGGUGCUGCAAAGCUAUACGCGUACUGGAUAGUAGUGAACUUCAGGGAGGCGUAUAAUCUGUUCGCUGUGAAUGGAAUUCUCUUCAAUCAUGAAAGCCCUCGAAGAGGCUCUAACUUUGUGACACGGAAAAUCAGCCGUUCAGUGGCAAAGAUCCACCUCGGCCAAUUAGAGUGCUUCAGUCUGGGUAAUCUGGACUCUAAGAGAGACUGGGGCCAUGCCAGAGACUAUGUGGAGGCCAUGUGGCUGAUGUUGCAGCAGAAGGAGCCGGAGGAUUUUGUCAUAGCUACAGGAGAGGUCCACAGCGUGAGAGAGUUUGUGGAAAGAGCCUUCAAACACAUUGGCAAAUCCAUUGUGUGGGAGGGGAAGAAUGAAAAGGAGGUGGGCAGGUGUCAGGAGACGGGAGUCAUCCAUGUCAAAGUGGAUCCCAAGUACUACCGUCCCACUGAAGUGGACUAUCUGCAGGGAGACAGCACGAAAGCACUGGAAAAACUCAGCUGGAAGCCACAAGUGACCUUCGAGGAGCUUGUCAAGGAGAUGGUCGAUGCAGAUAUUGAGCUCAUGAGAAACAACCCAAAUGCAUGAGCCCUCACGCUAGCAGCACAUCUACAUACCAUGGACCUGUGUGUGCCCGAGAAGAAACAAGUCUCUCUUUUUUUUUUUUUUAUUGUUAUCAUUAUUGUUAUUAUUAUUUUUCCAGUCACUCCGUCCUGCCGGGAGUUUCUCUAGAUGCAGAAAUACUGAGUGCUGAUUUUUAAAUUUCACAUUCCUUUUUAUACUGUUAUUUGCCUAAUCACAAUCAUGAGUAUGUGGGGACUUUUAGCUAUUUCCUUGCUUUUUUUCUUUUUUUUUUAAUGAUUUAUUUUUACCCAGUUUUCUUUGCUGAAACAAUUUUAUAUGUAAUGGCAUAUGUAAUGAAAUGAUGAUUUUUUAUAGCUGUUUACAGUGAGACAAUUUUCUAGAUGAAUGCUGGAUUUCAGACAGAAAUCUAUAUAGAGGCUUAAUAUAUGCUAGAAACUGUCUUUUAAAAUUGUUUAAAGGUUUUAAUAUUUGUUUGAUCAUGCCAUCUUUGAUAUUUAAUAGUUUUGAUUUUAAAUUGAUAAUUUAAUUUCUACUUUUUUUCUGUUGUUGUAGCUUUGUUUAUUAAAGGGUCUUUUAAAUCAUA